GUGCAUUUGGGCUGGGCUGCUAGCGACUCCUAACCAGCUGGUGGGUCUGAGCCAGGACAGUGAAAAUGUUCAUUGACAUCCACCGCUUCCCAACAAAUACAUUUACAAUAGAACCAAAAUAAACAGGCUGACUCGUUAGAGGGUGGGAAGUUAGAGGCUCAAGUUUGAUAUAGGUGGAAGGAGAGAGAGAAGGAGAUAGAUCUGAUUUUUUUUUUAAGUAGGGAAGGAUUUUGUUUGUUUCGGGGUUGUCUGGGUGGGUGUUCUGUUGUCUUGGGUGGUUUGUAUUUUUUUUUUUGUGGUUUCCUUUUUUUUUUAAUCUGAAUUAAAAAGGGUAACAACUGAACUCGUGGGAGGACUGAGCACAGCACCGCAGCCGGAGACACAGAUGGAUUCAACAGCCAACAGCUGUAUGAGGGGCCCCCAUUCUCCAGCCCCCCUGUGGGGCUGCCUGCGGAGCCCCCAUUCUGAGGUCAGCGGGCCAAUGGCACUGCCCCACUACCCUCCUGCUCCAUUCUCCUUCCACCAGAAACCAGACUUCCCGACGUACCCUGACUUCUCUGCCUCGUGCCUGGCCGCUGCACCCCAUAGCCUGCCCCGAGAGGAGAGGCUCCUUGCUGACCAGCACCCUGCCUUUCCACAGCCCCCUGACUGGCACUUCCCUGGCUCUGAGGCCCGGAGAAGACUCACCCCAGGGCCACCCUUGAGUUCUGGGGAGGUGGGUGAAAGUAGCCCUGGCCUCAUGGAUGCUGUAGGGAGCCUAGGGGAGGACUAUGGGGUCACUGGGACCACUGCCAAUGAAACUGAGAAAAAAUCAGCGAAAAGGAAAAAAGAGAACUCAGAAAACCAGGACUGCAGAGGGAAGCCAGAAACCAGCAGCAAAGCUCGCAAGGAGCGAACAGCCUUCACCAAGGAGCAGCUGAGGGAGCUGGAGGCAGAAUUUGCCCACCACAACUACCUGACAAGACUGAGGAGAUAUGAGAUUGCUGUGAACCUGGAUCUCACUGAGCGCCAGGUCAAAGUGUGGUUCCAAAAUCGAAGAAUGAAAUGGAAGCGGGUGAAAGGGGGGCAGCCUGUUUCCCCCCAGGAGCAAGAUACCGAAGAUGUGGACUCUGCAGCCUCCCUAAGUUCAGAGUGAGACACUCCAGAAAGAGGGAAAUGGGACUGGGAGCUGUGAUCCCAAACAACUCUUCCCCCUACCUGCCCCACACUACAGACUAUACAUCUGACACCCUGAAGGACAUCUCCCAAACUCUUCUCCUUUCCAUGCCUCUUGGAAGGGAGACAAAUAACUCAGCUCCUCUGGAACCUUGAAGCUCCAAAGGAAAAAAAUGUUCUGUUUGAUCUAACUCACUGACCCUAUCUACUUUAAAAAGAACUUAAUGUCUCUCCCACCUCCCAUCCCUACCCAACCACAAAGUCAUUGGGUGCCUUUGUCAGGAAGCAGCUGCAAAAACUGGAGACUCUAAGCCAAACUAAAAAGGCUUCCCCUCUUCAGCUAAGGUGGCCCUCCUGGGGGACUUCCUGGAUCAUUGACUGAUCCCCUACCCCAGUCUCCAGUCUUUCUUAUUCCCUUUCCCAACCCCAUCAUGGAACCAGUGCUCAGAGCUUCAUACGAGAAAUGUUCUCUCCAUCCAGUGGCACAUAUGAUGGACCUAUUGAUGACUUUCCAGAAUGAGACCAAACACAAGAAAAAGACACCUAUUUCCCAGCCCCAACCCCAACUAGUCUGCCCUUGGAGUUCAAGACUUUGGAUCCUCCCCUUUUUUGAUACUUUGAAAUCCUCCAGAAAACAAAUCUAAGAAAGGAUGCGACGGGCAGAAGUUCUAAUGCCUUACCCUGGUCAGAAAGAUCUGGAGAACCUACUUUGCCAUGACUCUCGCUUUUCCCUGUGAUCUGACAAUAUUUGCUUUACAAGUGUCCAAUCAUGUAGCUAAGUGACCCGUUUCCUUGCUGAAAUAUCACCCUAUGGUCAAAGCCCUGGCCCUGGGAUGGUUGAGGCAGCAUAUUGGGAGAAUGCUAAAAUAUCUCUUUAGAGAUCCUAGAGUUGGGUCACAUGAGAUUUGGUAAAACCAAAGAGGCCUAUUCACAUCUAGUUUAAUUGCCACUAAUGCUGUUGAAGAAGGAAAAAGAGAAGGGAGAGAGAGAAUCCCAUAACAACUACAUGUUUCUACAAAGUUAAUGCCAGGCUGAUGGCAUGUGGUCAGUGGGCCUCUUCCACACACCAUUCAGUGCAACACUGAGCCCAAAGCUGCAUGGUAUAGUGGAAACAAAAACAAACAUGCUGGUGUUAGUGACAGAGGACCAAGGUUCAAAUCAUACCUCUAACACUUAUCAUUUGUGCCAAGUCAUUUCACUUCCAUGGUCCUCAGUUUCUUCAUUUAUAAAAUCAGGGGCUUGAAGUAGGUGAAGCAGAGAUCCAUUAUGGAGAGAUCUAGCCUUAAUUCAUGACAAAUAUCUGAAAACGCCAAUGGCCUGGGAGCUGGGGUUUUAAGUAUCAUAAAUGAGGACCCCAAUAUAAGGAAAGUCAAUCAUAGGGUUGGGUAGCCUAUGAAAAAGGGAACUUGUCUAAUAUCAGGGUCCCAUUUCAUAACAGAGCUCCAACACUGAACAUUCCAAAUGAAAUAUGCCCUUUUGUGCUGACAGAUCCAUCUCCACUCUCUUCAAUUCAAUACAACAAACUUUUAUUUAGUACCUAUUGUGUACAAGCCACUGUGCUAGGCACUGUGUUCCUAUACAUUGUCUAAGGUAGGGGUAUAGGUCUCAUAAUUUGUACCCCCUUCUCAGUGGUGGCACAGUAAUGCUGUUGGGCAGGGAUGUGCCUAGGGGAGCACUGGUUUAAAGACCAUCUAAUCCUGUUGCUAGGUGGUGAAGUGGAUAGAAUGCUGGGCCUGGAGUCAGGAAGACUCAUCUUCCUGAGUUCAAAUCUGGCCUCCAACGCUUACUAGAUGUGUGACCCUGGGCAAGUCACUUAACCCUGUUUGCUUCCCCUGUAACAUGGGCUGGAGCAGGAAAUGUCAACCCACUUCCAGUAUCUGCCAAGAAAACCCUAAAUGGGAUCACAAAGAGUCAGACACAACUGAAAACGACUAAGCGACUGAAAUCAUGAUGCCCUGGUAGUUGGUAACAGAUCUUCCUGGGAAAGAGAACACCUCCCCCCAUUCCCCAAAGGAGACCCCACUCAAUUUAGUUCUCAGUCCCCCUCAGUGAACCCACUGCAGAGGGUAAGGCAGCCAGGAAUGAAGUCUUUGAUCUUUCAUAUGUGGUUUUGAACGGUUACAAAAACCAUGGAAAUUGAUCAUCAACCGGCAUGACUGAUUUUAGCAUCUGUAAUUUUUUGUAAAGCACAACUGUAUAUUUCUCAUCAAUCUAACUCUUCAAGAUCAUUAUACUUUAUAACAAAAAUCCUG